AUGUCAAAAAUCAUCCUAGCCAUCAAUGCCGGGUCUUCCUCCGUCAAAGUCUCAGUCUACUCUUACGAAGAUCAAUCCCACGAACCGAAGCAACUGGCAGACAUCCAAGUCGCCGGUCUGACAGCACCACCGGUCAAACUCACCUACUCUCGCGGCGAUGAACACAUCAAGAACCAAGAAUUAAAAGACAUCUCCUCCCAAGAAUCCGCCUACGAGUACAUCCUCAAACACCUCACAUCAGACUCCGGCCUCCCACAACUCUCCCACCCCGACGACAUUGAAUUCGCCUGCCAUCGCGUGGUCCACGGCGGAGACUACGACAAACCCACGCGCAUCGACCGCGAGACCUACCAUCACCUCGAAGAACUCUCCGACCUCGCACCUCUUCACAACGCCGGCGCCCUCACCAUCGUCGAAGCCGUGCACAAAGCCUGCCCGAAAACUACCAACAUUGCCUUUUUCGACUCCGCCUUCCACAGUACCAUCCCUCUUCCCGCACGCACCUACGCCAUCGACCCGAAAGUCGCCGCCCACAACAAACUUCGCAAAUACGGUUUCCAUGGGCUCAGCUACGCUUUCAUCACCCGCGCCGUGGCCGCACAUCUCGCGAAACCAGAGUCGGAAGUCAACAUCAUCGCCCUGCAUCUCGGUUCCGGAUGUUCCGCAACAGCGAUCCGCGGCGGGCACAGUCUCGACAAUUCAAUGGGUCUCACGCCCCUGGCUGGCUUGCCGGGCGCGACACGAUCGGGCGAUGUAGAUCCAAGUUUGAUAUUCCACUUUACCCAUGACGCGGGCAAAUUAUCUCCGAGCAGUACGAAGGACAUGAGCAUCACCCAAGCGGAGGAGAUUUUGAAUAAAAAGUCCGGGUGGCAGGUUUUGACGGGCACGACGGAUUUCGGGACGAUCAGUCAGAAAGCCGAGGAGGGCGAUGAGAAUUGUAAGUUGGCAUUUGAUUUGCUUGUGGAUCGUCUGCUUGGGUUUGUUGGGAACUACUACGUCAAAUUGGGAGGGAAGGUCGAUGCGUUGGUAUUUGCGGGUGGGAUUGGAGAGAAGGGCGCUGGGUUGAGGCAAGCCGUUACCGAAGGGGUGGAGUGUCUGGGUUUUGAGCUGGAUCAGGAGAAGAAUGGGGAGCCGGGCGAGGAUGUGGCGGUGGAUAUUGGAAGCAAGGAGUCGAGGCAUAGAGUUCUGGUCGUGCAGACGGACGAGCAGACUGAGAUGGCGAGGCAGUGUGCGAAAGAGGCGGAUAGCUUGAGGGGCAAAUGA